AAAUCAUAGGGCGUAUAAGGAAGUUAUUUUAGACGGUGUAAAAAAACAAGUACAGGGACUUUUACAUAGACUGUAAAGCAGGAUUUACCUCUCUGAAAAUGCCUGGGAAGAAAGUCUGCAUCGUUGGAUCUGGAAAUUGGGGCUCGUCCAUCGCCAAAAUAAUCGGGCGCAAUGUCAAAGCCUCCAACCGCUUCGACCCCAUUGUGAACAUGUGGGUUUACGAAGAGAUGAUCGACGGAAAGAAGCUCACGGAGAUCAUCAAUACUGACCACGAAAACGUCAAAUAUCUACCAGGUCACAAGCUGCCAAGGAAUGUGGUCGCAAUUCCAGAGAUCACAGAGGCCGUCAAAGGAGCAAAGAUCCUCGUCUUCGUAAUCCCGCACCAGUUCAUCAGCAACCUCUGCGACCAGAUGAAACCUCACAUCACCGAGGGAACCAUCGGGAUAUCCCUCAUCAAAGGUAUCGAUGAGGGACCGGACGGACUGAAGCUCAUCUCUGACAUCAUCCGGGAGAAACUAGAGAUCGAAGUCAGCGUCCUGAUGGGGGCCAACAUCGCCAGCGAAGUGGCUGAUGAGAAGUUUUGUGAAACCACCAUCGGCGCAAAAAACGAGGCAAACGGCGCCAUCUUCAAGGAGAUGCUCCAAACUCCCAACUUCCGCAUCACUGUGGUGCAGGAGAGCGAUACAGUGGAGAUGUGUGGAGCGCUCAAGAACAUCGUGGCAGUAGGGGCUGGAUUCUGCGACGGUCUUAGUUUCGGCGACAACACCAAGGCAGCGGUGAUCCGUCUGGGUCUGAUGGAGAUGGUCGCCUUCACCAAGCUGUUCUGCAAAGGCCAAGUGAGCUCCGACACGUUCCUGGAAAGCUGCGGCGUGGCCGACCUCAUCACCACCUGCUACGGGGGACGGAACCGCAAAGUGGCCGAGGCCUUCGUCAGAACCUCCAAGUCGAUCGUUGAGCUGGAGGCAGAAAUGCUCAACGGCCAGAAGCUGCAGGGUCCACAGACGUCAGCGGAAGUCUACAAGAUCCUACAAAAGAGGGACAUGGUGAACAAGUUUCCAUUGUUCUCUUCGGUCUACCAGAUCUGCUUCGAGGGCAAAGACGUGAAAGAGUUCAUCGUGUGUCUGCAGAACCACCCACAGCACAUCUGACGGGAGCAAACACCAGCCACUGCUGCGCCUUCAAUAGCAGUCUACGACCACUAGAGGGGGCCAGAGAUUAAUCAGCUAGAGACGCACAAUGCAACAGGGAAACUACAUAAAGACAAAGUGCACUUUGACUUUUUUGUUCAGGACAUUUCAUCAUAGAGCCUUUUUAUUUUUAGCUUUGAAAGCAUUUUUCUUUUUUUU